UUGUGCACCGCCUGUUUUAACUAGUUGCGCCUCUUCGGUAUGAUUUGUCCUGGUUCUGUAAAGUCAUCAGUCAUUUAGGUCCUUAAUAUAUGGAUGAUUCGGAAGAGGAUCCCGAUCUUCUAAACGAAGAGACAUUCGACUGUGCAGAGAUAGGUGACUGGGAGAACGAACAUGAUCAAUUUGUGCAGAAUUUUCAUAAAGUUUCCGAAGAAUCUCCAACUGCUGAUGAACUACCAAAGUUCUGGAAUGACGCUGGUGGUCUUUCGUUCUUAUGGCAAACGAAUGACCUCGGUUGUGGUGUGACUGUGGAUGAUGGGGGCGAAAAAGUUGUCGAUGUUGAGGAAACACUUCAAAAGCUAGUAUUAGAUGAGACCUUUGAGGAUCCUGCUAUCCUAGAUAUAUCCAGGAAGGUUUCUUACCAACAGCUCAACGAAGACUCAUUUCAGCAUCUGAGAAACACACCUGCAUAUCCGACUGCUCCUACUGACAUUCUUGAUAGGACUCGUGACAUCUGGAGCAUUGAUGGUAGUUAUGAGGUUGGAUAUGGAAGUGGCAAGAUCAGCACAGCGUCCGAUUGUAAUAUGAAGUCGAAAAACGUAAUCGAUAUACUCCGAUCAUUAAAUGUUUACCCUCCACCAUCUGUCAAGACUGUAUCUAUACCACCAGAAGCUUCUACAGAAAAUUACUUGUCACGUAAGGUAGCUACAGAAUCUCAAACAGGGGAGGUCGGUACUGAAUUAUUCCCCAAAGCUUCUCAAUCUUCAAGAAACCUCCAAAAUAUUGUACCAGUUAGUCAGCACAAAUUGUAUCCUAGCCCUGUGUUUUCUUCUGGGAAUCGCGUCUGCCAGUCACAAGCAGUUCAAAAUUCUCUAUCUGUCCAUCAGAAUGGAAUACAUGCCAAUCAUUUACGCGCUAACCCCUUUUCAUUGGAUAUUUUGAAGGGACAGUUUCCCACUGAUGCCAAUGUUUUCCCCACGUUACCGGCAAUGCAGUCUGUAUUUAAAAACCUACAUCCCUCAAAGUUGGAUUACUCACAAAUUCAUGGUUUAGCAUUUAUGCGAAAUCAGUGCAUCAUUCAACAACAACCACCUGUCGUUUCACCUGUUUCUUCAAGUCAGCACAAUCCUUUGAUGUCACCUCCGAGCGUUCGUGGAAUAAUGUUGCCAAAUGUCCAACUCAAUAGUUUUCCGCUUUCAUCAUACCUUUCACGUUUUCCUGUUCAACCAACAAAUAUCGAGUCGAAACAGUCUGUUAGUCUAUCAUCAACUGUUAUACCGUGUUCAAAACAACCAACAGGAUUCGUUGCUCCACUCGAGGAAGUAUCCAUAGAUAAAGAAAGCGACCCAAACAGUGGUAGUUGGAUGACAGACUAUGAAGCAAUUGGUGUGUUAUUGAUUCAGUUGCGUCCUUUGAUGGUAUCUAAUCCCUAUGUCCAGGAUUAUUAUUUCGCAUCUCAAUGGUUGCGACGAAUAAAUGCUAUUCAAUCUAAACAUAUUUCAAAAGUUAAAAUGAACACUACAACUUCACCAGCAACAGUGCAACUUCCUAUUCCUAUACCACUUGAAAGCUUAAGCGAUUCCAAUUCACCGUACCAAGUAACUCUGAAACAUAAACUUGUUAUUCCUUUUCGAGCUGUGAAUCGCCAUCCUAGUUUUGACCAAAAUAUAGAUGAAAAUUGUGAUAGCUUAGAAAAGAAAAGUGCAUGCUCAGAAACUCCUACUUCUGAAUCAAGUAACGCACUGGGUCGUCCAACUAGAUCCAAUGUUCAUCGGCCCCGUGUUGUAGCAGAGUUAUCACUAGCGUCCGCAAUUUCAUCUACUGCAGAAACCACUUAUCCCGUGAUACCAAUAAAUAAUCAAACACUGAACGAAAAAGUUGAUGGUUGUGAUUAUAUUUCUGCACUUUCUGAGUCAUCUGAUGUGAAGGCUAAUCGUCGUCGUUUGCUGAUUCUCGCUCAAAUUGAACGUAUGUUUUCAAUAUUACUGAUCUUAGAUGAAGUUUCCUUAUCUCUUAAAAGAGUUGUUGUUCAAAAUGACGCACGUUCCCGACUGUUAGAUUAUCAACAAGAACUGAUUAAUCAACUAAUCAGUGGACUACUCCAGUCAUCAUCGAUAACAAGCGAAGCCACGUCUAAAGAAGAAUUCAUAUCAGUCGUUGAGAAUGGUCUGUUUUCAUUGCCAGAUAGUUUUUUCUCUAUUCAUAAAGGAAUGCGUCUAUGGUGUUUAACUCUACAUCACCUACCGACAAAAAUUCAAAUCAAUUAUUUGUCACAAUUUAUUCAUGAUUUCCUUAGACUUCGUCAGCUUUGGCCGACUACAAUAAAUGAAGCUGCUUCCAUAUUCUAUCCUCAUUUACGUGAAAUUAUAUAUCAAUUGAAACAUAUUAACGAUUUCUUGAAGUUAUGCUUUCCUGAAGCAUUAAAGAUGAAUUAUGAUUCACAGUUAACUAUUCCUAUAACUGAUAAUUUGAAAUCUCUUUUAUCGUGUAAAGUAAGUGAAUUAUUGAUUUUAAUCUUAUACUGAGUACAUAUUACACUUUUGAUUUCCUUAAGAUUUUUCCGUUUACACUUCGUCAUAACAACUUUACUCUAUCUUCAAUCAUUUUUAUAACAUACAUUACAACUAAUAAAAAUAAUAUAUUUGUAAUAUCCAGAUGAGUGGAAAAAUCUAAAUUUUAAAUUUUCUGACGAUUCAUCCCUCAGUGUAAGCUACUUCUUUAGAGAAUCAAAUCAAAACUUGGUAAUGAUAUCUACAAAUACAUUGAAACUGUUCUUAGAAACUGAUGGAUUAGACAAAUACACCAUAUGUGUAUUACUUAAUUGAGUUUUAGUCUAUUUUGUUUAACUUAUCGUUCGAAAUACUAUUAUCUGUCUGAAUGUUUGGACUAUUUUUUCCCCCAAUACUCAACUUAUUAACUAUGAUUGUUUUAAAUUGUUUUAAGCAGAUAAACAGUUGACUAAAUGUUUGUAAUGUUGAAUUACGGCCUAAUUAUGUUAAAAAAUGUCAGCUGGUUUAGGUUAUCUAAUUUCAAAUAAAUUUUAUGCUUUGUUAAAGAAGCUUAAUAGUCAUACUACUGGCUAUACCCAAAUUUGUUGCCAGUAAGUUUUUUUCCACAUAACGAACAUCUCUGAUGAUCCUAAUUUUAGUAAAAUAAAAGGACAUCUCGCCUAUUUCAGUAGAUUUCAAAUUAUGGUAGUAAGAUCUAAAAGUAAAGAGCUUUUACGUGACUGGCCCCCAAUGUAACUUCACUUUAGAAUCUGCCAUUACUAUGUUAGUUCUAUAUGACCUUCAGCACUAAAUUAGUUUCCACGAGAAGAUAUAUCUUUCCAUAAUAAGAGCAGUCUACAAGUGACAACUACUUGUAGCCUAAGUGUAGCUUAACUGAAUAUAUAAAUUAUUUAGUUUGUUAAAGUAAUAUUUUGUUUCGUUUCCAUAGUCAGCUUUAACCGAUUAUCCUAACUUUCACAAAUCAAGAUGACCUUCGCCUGAGUGCAUAGUUUCAUCAGAUUGAAAGGGAAAAACAAAGUAUUUAAUUUCUUCAUUGAAAUGUCAGUUAAAUGAAGUUUUGACUGCUCAAUGAGCGAGGAAAAACAUAUCCAGUCAGGUACAUCAAACGUAAAUGAUUAUCCUAUAUGCAAAAACGAUUUUGCUUUUGUUCAACUGUGAGCCUGCUUGUUGAAUACUCUCUAUUGUUUGAUAAUACACCGCCCUUCUGACCUAUAUAUCUGUUUGUUGACUUUGAGUAUUUGAGUUUAGGUGAUCAAGUAUCCGUGAUCUAUUGGACCAAUAAUUACACUGUCUAGCCCCACUGUAUUGAUCUAGUGUCCAGAAUAGGACAGCUAAAACCCUGUUUUGUAAUUGUAACAGUCGUAUUUUCUACAUUUUAUGUAGCUAUACGACUUUUUGAAUAAAAUUAUAUUAAGGCAAAGUGAUACGAAACCAAAUUUAUUUGUAAAAUCAGUAAUAAUCAGCCUAUCGAAGUGUUCUCUCUACUUUCUAACUGUCCAUUCUUUUGUAUUACACUAUUGUUUCAUUUUAUUGAUUGAAAUAAUUUAGAACAACAUAUAUAAGCGAACAAUCUUGUUUUCGACUAGAUCAUCAUCAGGCUUUACUCCAAUAUACAGUAAUAUUUAUAUGCACAUAUGAAAUUAUUAAACUAAUAAAGACAGUUUAUGAGACAAUGAUAACAAUGGAAAUGAUUACAUAAAUAAACAUAAUAAGUGAAAAGUACAAAUUGAUAGUGUGAUGACUGAUGUUACUAGUUUUUGAUAAGAAUUAUAAAGGCUUAAAUCAAUGUUAUCAUUGACUCAUAAAGUACCUUGAUUAGUUUAAUAAUUUCGUAUAUCCAUAUAAAUAUUACUGUAUAUUAGAGUAAAGCCUGAUGAGGAUCUAAUCGAAAGCAAUAUUGUUCGCUUAUAUCUAUGUUUUUCUAAAUUUAAAAUAUGGGAAUUUUUCAAAUUUCGAAAUAAUUUAAUCUGAAGUGUUUUUUUUCUGUUGUUUUAGCUUGGCUUAUCUUUGAUUUUUUGUUUACUCGACGCAUGUGCUCGUGCCUCCAACCCCACUGAUCCAUCAGAUUUUAUUCAAUUUGGAGCGUAUUUCAGUUAUGCCAAUUCAUUGAUUGAUCGUACUUGCAUUAAUAAUGCCACUAAUGAAUGUGAUUAUGUUAUGGAGUCAUUUCCACAUUUAGCUUCGAUUCUAUUGUUGUAUAUUAAACCAUCGAAAUAUGGUCUGUUAACUAAUGAUCAUUUGAACAUAUUUUGUGAUUUAGCAACCAAAACUAUUAAAACAUCAAAUAAUGAUAUUACUAACUAUACUACUAUUACUACUAAUACUACUAAUAAUAAUGAUAAUAACAAUAUGGAUGUGAAUCAGCAACUAUCAACUGGGAUCAUUGAUUCAGCUACUGCUAACCAUGCUUCAGUUUCAUCGCUAUCAUCGUCAAGUUUGACACAAUGCUGUGCUACAGUGAGUAAUUCACAUAACUCUGCCGUAAACAAUCAUCAUCAUGCUACUCAACAACAAGAUCUUACUAUGGACAAUUCAGUACCGACUCCGAAUUCACAGAAUUCUGAAAAUGUUUUGUCAAAUAUUACGAAAAAUCCCGAUGAUCUAUCUGUGUCAGUAGUUGUUGGUUAAUAGUAAGUAGUAGUAGUAGUAGUAGGUUCAUAUAUAAUAAAUACAAAUACAGAAUUUAGUAAGCAGGAGAAAGAGGAAAAUGCAAAAAUCCGUUUUAUUUUCAAAGAAGUUUCGUUUAUUGAUCAUUCGAACAUUGAACAGUUAAAUGGAUUAUAUGUUGUAAACACCACCGUUUUCUCAUUUGUUUUUCUUUAAAAUUUUAAGUAUAAUUCUUUUGCUCUUCCGUAAGAAAAUCACAUCACACAAUAAAGAGUGGAAAAUAACUUUGUUCAUUAUAUUCAACUAGAUAGUGCGACAUUUGAUCAUCGUUCUAUGACGAUACAAUUUUAUAGUGAUUCAUCAUGAGGUUUUUGUCAUUAGAAUGAAUUGUUUAACCUCAUAAAAAUGUAUUUCAUACAAUCAAAUAAAAUAUCUUUACAUUUGUUUAUCCAUUUGUUCUAAUGUAAUUUAUUAUAUACGUCUCUAUGAUAUAUAUAUAUAUAUAUGUUUACAGAAAUUAUUAUUAUUCUGUUAAAUUUAAACUCAACCGAUCAUGCAAUAAAUAGAUCACCUUUGGGUUCUCCUUUCCUUUUGGUAUUUCAUGAAUUCUCUUAUUCUUAUCGACUCUGAAAUGAAAUAACAGGUGUAUAAUUUAUUUUUUACCAACUUCAAUGUAUAAAACUUUUACACCAUCACCGUUCUCUUUUAAUAUUUUCUUCUCUUCCAAAUACUCGUGCGUCUGUUGCCUGACUUUCUUUUCAGUUUCGAUGACGCCGUUAGUAAAGUUUGCAUGUCUUUUUGUUGCUUAACACCGACAUCCCCACUGUGUAUUUUUUUUCGUUUUAAUAAUUGUGAAAUAACCUUUUGAAUAAAAAGAAUGGAGAUUUUU